AUGGCGGGUUUAAUGAAAACAUCUGUGAUAAUAUUAGUAGCUGCUAUAGUGAUCUACUUCGCCGAUCAGUACUUCAGUGGUGGUGUAUGCAAGAGUGAGGCGCGACUCGAUGGCAAAACUGUGAUAGUGACUGGAGGCAAUACAGGAAUAGGCAAAGAAACUGCAAUUGACUUGGCAGCAAGAGGUGCAAAGGUCAUCAUUGCCUGUCGUAGCAGGGAGAGGGGCGAGAAGGCUGUUUUAGAGAUUAAAAGAGAAAGUGGAAGUGAAGAGGUGUAUCUGCAAAUGCUAGAUUUAGCAUCUUUCAAGUCAGUACGUGCAUUUGCUAAACGAAUCCUUGAAACAGAAACAAGAUUGGAUGUCUUGAUAAACAAUGCUGGAGUUUUUCUCGGCGGACCAUCCCCACAAAGAACAGAAGAUGGUUAUGAGGAACACCUCCAAGUUAAUCAUCUUGGACAUUUCCUACUAACCGAACUACUUCUGGACUUGCUGAAGAAGUCUGCACCAAGCAGAGUUAUUAUUGUGUCCUCCAAACUCCAUUUGUGGAGUUCCCCCAACGACUUACAUAAUCUAGAGAAUGAAACAUUUUACAGCAAUUUGGGUGCUUAUGGAUUCUCAAAGCUGGCUAACAUUGCACAUGCAAAGGAACUUAGUCAACGACACUCUGUUGACAAUGUUACUUCAUACUCCCUAACUCCAGGAUUAACAUGUACUGAUAUGUUCCGAUACUUCUUUGACCAGCAUCCAUACCUGCAAAAAGUGUUUGAGAUGAUUAUGCCUGUUGCUUUGAUAUUUCUUAAAACACCAAAGGAAGGUGCACAAACAACUAUAUGCUUGGCUGUGUCAGAGGGCAUAGAGAAAUUUUCAGGAAGCUACUUUCAAGAUUGUAAACUCGCAUAUUCCUCUCAGUUUGCAGAAAACAAGGAUUUCGUCGACGAACUGUGGAAAUAUAGCAUGAAAGCAACAAUGUUAUGAUUAAACUGGUUGCUUUGCAGAUCCUAUAAAUUUUUCUAAAACGCACACUAACAUUUUAUUUAAUGAUGUAAGACCAAAUGCACUCCAUCUACUUUAAUUCCACUUUUUCAUAACUAAAUUGGGCUCAUAUCAAGGUUUGGAUAUCCAUUUGAAAAGGAAAAGUUUCAUCAUGGCUUAAACAGAAGCCAUAAAAAUGUUGGCUAUGAAGUCAUUGGGGAUGGUUUUUCAGCAAUGGCAUGAAAGUUUUGGAUUAAUGAAGGAAACUUGCUUGCCUGAAAGAAAUACAUUAUCAUUUAAUGCAUUUUCAACAACAUUCUGUAUAGUUCUCUUUUAGGUACAUUUCAUUACAUUGCUUCAGCAUUUAAAGAA